AUGAAGGUAUACAGAUCCUACGAUGCUAUCCCACUGUGCUCCCACGCUACUGGCAGUCUUCGCUGUUCCCUCUCAAGGCCAGCAGAGCUCUGCCGCUCCCCUGCUCGCUCACUUGCUUGCCCGCUCGCUCGCUCGCUCACAUGGCAGUGUGGGAGGCUGCGAGUCAGGCGCACCGCACACUGGAACCUCACAAGGAUGGAGAACCAAGUGAAGCACCUCAAUCCCGACCUGCUGCAGCCCAGCAAGAGCAUUAAGAGGUCGUCGUCCAGCACCAUAACCCUGAAUGUGGGAGGCCACUUGUACGCUGCCUUGAGGCAGACUCUGGCCAAACACCAGGGCUCCCUGCUGGAAGAGAUCGCCAACGGGAAGAAGCCCGUGCAGCAUGUGGACUCAAUGGGGAACACCUUCAUUGACCGGGACGGCCACGUCUUUCGCCACGUCCUGAACUUCCUGCGGCUAGGGGAGCUGCUGCUGCCCAAUGACUUCAAAGAGGCGGGGCUACUGCGGCGGGAAGCAGAGUUCUACCAUUUAGGAGCGCUGGUCCAGGCUGUGCGGGAAUGGGAGCAGCAGCAGGCUGCUCGGCAGGAGCCCGCGUUCCUAGAGGUGACCGACACCCAUGAGCGCUCUCAAGGCCUCAAGGUCUAUUGCAGUGACCCCAACCUGAUCGAGGCGGUAAAAGGGCGGCUGGUGCAGGUCUCCAAGAGCCGGCUGGAUGGCUUCCCCAAGGAGUUUGAAGUCUCGCCCAACACCAUUCAGUUUCGCCACUUCAUCAAGUCGGAAACGGGCUCCAGGCUGAUCAUAAUGAAGGACAGCACCUUUGUGUGCACUCCAGAGAGUCUGAAACUGGAGAUAAUGAUGCUGGCACUCAGAGGGGGCUACCGUCUCCUCACCAGCCUGGACAGCAGCCAUGGCUCUGCGGUGCAGUGUGAGGCUUUGCACUUUGUCAAGUGAGCCUGGGGGUGGGUUGGGGGCUUAUGUUCCUCAGUGGUGUCUGCGAUCAACAGGGCAUUUGUAGAAGACAAUACUUUUCACAGUACUUCCUUUCUGAACAUUAACUCGCAGCUUUUGGGACUAGAGCCAGAUACUUUGUCAGUUUUGUGCAUCUCUAGCCAGGGCUUAGAUUUGAUUGUCACUUUUAUCAAAUUUCACCUGUAUCCACAACAGAGGUAGGUAUGUAUCUUUCAGGCAGACGGGCUUUGCUUUUUUAACCUAAUUUUUGGCCAGUAGAAGUAUCACUAAAGCAUUCAAUAGCAUAAAAUGAAAAUUGAAUUGCUAUGUGGUAGAGAAACGUCUUGCUUGUUAUUAGUACUAAAAACGCUUUCAAUCGCCAUGCCAUUUACUCGAUAUUCAAUGGUGAUGUUCAAAAGGAAGACUAAGUUACAGUGGAAUACUGCAUACAUAUAAUCAUGUGUCUCAUGGUGUAUGUCUGCUGUCUCAUUUGUAGUUGUGAAGUGAUCAGUAUUUGUAAAUUAUGGGUUUGUGAGUCAGGAUAAAAAAAAUAAAAUUGACACCAUGUAUUGGGACUGCAGUGAUUGUAUUUAUAGAGUGCAGCCAAUUAGCAAUAACCUAAUUAAUUACUAAUGGAUAACCACUAAAGACCUGUAUACCACUUAUCUCCAAUAUCAGACAGCGAUGCUAUAUGAAAAAAUGAUUAAACAUGCAAGUAUCCACGUCUGCAAUGCUAUGUUACUUCCAUAUACACAUUUUCAUAACGUUCUUCCAUUUAGGAGGUACAAAGACUGUACUGUGUUCAUUGAAAUUUAUUAUAACUCUGCUGUAGAGCUUAUAAUGAAAAGCUCAGUAGCUAUAGAAACUGCACUGUCCUCACUGAAAGGGUUAGUAGCUAUAGAAACCACACUACUGUGAUAACAGAAGGACUUUGCACAGUGUCAUGUUUCUCAACUCGUUUUAGUUUAUAAGUUCAGCAGGAACUGUAAAUUUCUACACAGCACCCUCAUUAACAGAAAGUGCAAGGAACAAAUGUGUGCAAAUGACAGAAGAUAUUAAACAUGAUCACGCAUUCGGAAACCCACCAGUGACACUAAAAGGAAAUGUGUCAUGUGACGGUCUGUUCAAGCUCACUUAUUCUGGGUAAAAUAAAACAUCAAAGCCACACAAAGAUGUUUUCAAUCCACAUAAUAAAACAAUAUUAGUCAGGGGCCAGAUUUUUACAUGUAAUGACUAUGUGCUGCUAAUUAGUAUAAGUUUAUAGUACUCCUGUCUGGUUCAGAUACGACACCAACAUCUUCAUAAAGUCAUUAAUCACCCUAAACAGUUACUCCAAGGCUGCCAUUGUACUUCUGUCCCGGUGACUGAGUGUGACAGACAGACCGAGAGGAUCUCAUUAACCAAAGAAGGUGUAAUCCUCAGGCAAAAAGUGGUUGAAGUGGGAGUAAACUGGACUGGUGCUAAUGAGACUCCAAGCUGU